CUUCGGUUCAAGCUUGGAUGAGAUAAUUCAGUGUUCUUUUUGGUUAUAAAGGAUGGGUAAAAGAUACCACUGUGAAUAUUGUAACCGAUCUUUCGCUGAUACUCUGCAUACGAGAAAAAAUCAUAUCAAUGGCGUGCAACACAAGCGAAAUCGGAAGCUUCACUAUGAUUCAUUCAAAGAUCCUGCAGUUCUCUUGGCUGAGGAAACCAGUAAACCACCCUGUCGAAAAUUUUUUGCUACUGGAACAUGUGGAUUUGGUGCUAACUGUUGGUAUUCUCAUACAAAUGCACAAAUGUUGUUAGCAACUCAAGGCACAACUGGAAAAACAUCAAAUCAGUCACAAGCAGGUCAACCCCAGGCAACACUGGAAGAAUGGCUCGAGAAAUAUAACAGAAAGCAAGAAAAGGUUGAAUCUAAAGAUGCACCGGGAAAAUCUGCUUUGCAGUUAACUUAUACCCUACCACCAAAUCUUCCUCCUCCACAGCAACUGCCACCUUCACUACUUCCACCACCUCCAGGGGGAUACCCUGAAUUACCAAGAGUAGAAUGGGGUUGAUUGUUGCUUGUGUUGUGGGAUUCAUUAUCAUUGGGUAUCAUAGUCAUACUCUUGUUGUCCUCCCUUCUGGUCAGGCCCAUCAUUAUUCAAGAGAUCAAUGAUGCCUGAAGGUCAAGUAAAGCUUGUGGUUACUCUCUUGCCUAACCACUGUCAUGUGUAAAUGAAGAUCCUCUUCAUGUUUGUUGAUCAGUCAUACACUUAGUGUACCUGCAUGUGUGUUCAGAUAAUGUUCAGGUAUGUAUAAGACAAUGUAAAAGGAAGGAAGAACCUUGGGAAAAUAAAAAUUUCAUUGUGUUUAAACAUAAUAAUUAUGAUAAAGAUAGCCUGAAAUAAGGCUGGGGCUGAAACAUGUCCCAAAUACAUGUAGGAACCUCUUGGAAGGUUUGUAAGAAAGAAUAGUUGGAGCAAUCAUUAAAUUUAUGUUUCAGUUAAACAAAUGAACAGAUUCACCUAGAUGAAAAAAAAAUCCAUAUCAGCAGUUUCUUUUGUACAUUUUCUGUACCUUCUCUGCCCUCCCCUUCCCCAAAUCGACAACAAAUUAAGCCAGGAAGAAAUGAUAUCCUGACUUAAUCCAAAAGAUAAAGGAAGGCUACGUAGAAUUAUUUGAAAUAAAAAAUUGUAAGUAUGCCAAGUGCUUCAAGAAGUCAUACAUUCUGUGCAAGAAGCAUACUUUGUUUUAACUCAAAUGUUUUUAGAAAUUUCCAGAAGGUUGUAAAACAUAAUUAUCAAAGAAUGAUUAAUAAUGGUAAUUGAACUGAGUGGAGUGCAAUUUGGGCUGAAAUCAUACGCGUGAUUUCAAAAUCGAACA